AUGGACUUUUCAGUCUACAGAAAUGGAAGCGGAAAAAGAGAUUCUGAAAGAGUAACACUUGAAGCUGAUGCAAAUAGAGGGGCUUCUUCAAGGGAAAGUGACAAUGAAGAAAAUAGUAUGGACAAGAAAGAACUCAGUCUCACUAAAGAAAAGCAGACUUUUCUUGAAGAAAGCUUUAAGGAACAAAGCACUCUCAACCCAGAUCUUGUAGUCAUUCUUUGGGGCAUUGAGAAUUGUCCCAAACCAAGAAAUGUACGUCUGGAAAAUGUUGCUGGGAACAUUGAGCUGGCUUUAGGAGCUCAUCCAGCAAUUAAUGGACCGGUGAAAAAAUUAUCAGCAUACGGAGAUUUUAGCUCUUCUCCGAGGCGACUAACAGAGGCCUAUCACAGGACAGGUGUGAAUCUUGUAAACGUUCCGAAUGGGAGGAAGGAUGUUGCCGACAAGGCGAUUUUGGUUGACAUGUUUCUAUUUGCACUGGAUUAUCGCAGGCCUGCAACAAUUUUACUUAUCUUAGGAGACAUUGAUUUUGCACCUGCUCUUCAUACUUUACGUCAUCGGGGAUACACAAUAAUUGUUGCCAUUCCGUCUUGGGUGAAAGUCUCAUCCACCAUGAGGAACGCAGGCAACUACCUAUGGGAUUGGAUGCCGAAAAAUGGCCAAGAUUGGCCAAGAGUCGAUGACAUGGUUCAAAAGAUCAGCAUUUAG